GAUUAUAUCUGAAAGGGUAAAGGAAGUUCUCUUUGUCCGGCCGCGGAAAUAUAUCCGUUGCUCUAGCCCAGAGUCUGCAGAGCCUGGCUAUAUCAAUACCCUAGAGCUGGCAGCAUCUACAUGCCGAUAUGACCUAGAUGACAUGGACACCUUCUGGCUUCAAGAACUCAAUGAAGACCUUGGAGAAAUGGGUUAUGGGCCAAUUGAUGAGACGCUUAUGGAAAAAACAAUAGAAGUUCUAGAACGCCACUGCCAUCAAAAUAUGAACCAUGCUAUUGAGACAGAAGAAGGGCUAGGAAUAGAAUAUGAUGAAGAUGUGAUCUGUGACGUGUGCCGGUCUCCAGACAGUGAAGAAGGGAAUGAUAUGGUAUUCUGUGAUAAGUGUAACGUCUGUGUGCAUCAGGCUUGCUAUGGCAUCCUUAAGAUUCCAGAAGGCAGCUGGCUGUGUCGUUCCUGUGUCCUGGGCAUUUAUCCACAGUGUGUUUUGUGUCCUAAGAAAGGUGGAGCUAUGAAGACCACCAGGACAGGGACUAAAUGGGCCCAUGUCAGUUGUGCCCUGUGGAUACCAGAACAUCCCCAAAGACUUAAUUUCACUUUGAAGCUACUUUGGCUGAGAGAGUAGGGUCAGCAUCGCUUGUCCUGAGAGAAUGGA